AUAUAUACUACGCGCUCACGCGCACACACGCGCACCCACGCGCACACCCCCCGCCGCUGUGUCUGAGCAGCAAGCAGCCGUCACAAUGCGCUCCGUAUUCUAUUCGCUCCUGUCGCUGGCGACAGUUGCCUCCACACUUGCAGUACCAGACAAUGCUCCCGCCGCGGCAGCGAGGAGAGCCGAGGCCGACGACGACUGGGAGGACAAGGUGCCAGACACCAUCUUCAAUGGCCAGACAGUGCCACCCAUGCCGGUGCUCGACCUCAAGAGCCUGGACAAGGAGAUCGGCAAGGGGAACUGGCUCGUAGAGUUCUUUUCGCCCUCGUGUCCACACUGCAGACACUUUGCGCCCACAUACCAGACCGCCUACGAGUUCUACUACACAUCCAAGCCCAUCGACGCAAAAGGCGCACCCGAGGGCGACUCGCUCAACUCGUUCAAGCGCUUCUACGACUUCCACUUCGCCAAGGUCGACUGCAUAGCCGCCGCUGACCUUUGUGCUGCCCACAACGUAAUGAGCUACCCGUCGAUGCUCUACUUCCGCGACGGAAAGGAGACACAGAGACAACAAGGAUCGAAAGACAUGAAGGAGCUGAGCCAAUGGGUCGAAGAGCUGCUCGAGACAAUACGCCCUGGAUCGCGCAAAGAGGGUGGACCAAAGCUCCCAAAGGCUGGCGACAAGUCUAUCGAGCUAGGGCCUGAGACAGAGGAGGUGGCCAAAGAGAAGGAGAAGGAAGAGGCCAGGCACAAGGAAGCUGCCAGCUCCAAGCUCGAGAGCCUCAGGACCGAGCCUACCAAGGCAGCCAAGUCUACGCCGACACCCGCAGAGGCCAGGCCUGUGAAGGCUGUGUCGACCUUCAACCCAUCCGGCGUCUCGGAGCCGCUCACUGCAGAGAAGUUUCAGACCGUCAUCACGAACACCCUUGACCCCUGGUUCGUCAAGUUUUAUGCGCCUUGGUGCCACCACUGCCAGGCUCUCAAGCCAAACUGGGACAACAUGGCGCGCCAGAUGAAGGGCAAGCUCAGUAUUGGAGAAGUCAACUGCGACGUUGAGAAGAGGCUCUGCAAGGACGCAAAGGUCAGGGGUUACCCUACAAUGCUCUUCUUCCGUGGCGGCGAACGCAUCGAGUAUGAAGGUCUCCGCGGCCUGGGUGAUCUCCUCGACUACGCCAACAAAGCAACCUCAGUCGGCGCUGGAGUCGAAGACGUAGACGCUGCGAGCUUCAAGGCGCUUGAGGAGAAGGAGGAAGUCAUCUUCGUCUACUUCUACGACCACGCCACAACAUCCGAGGACUUCGCAGCGCUCGAGCGCCUGACCCUCAGCCUGGUUGGCAAGGCCAAAAUCGUCAAGACGAACGACAAGGCCAUGUGCGAACGCUUCAAGAUCUCCACCUGGCCGCGCCUAAUGGUCUCCCGCGACGGAAAGCCCACCUACUACCCUCCCAUCACCCCCAAAGAAAUGCGCGACACCCGCCAAGUCCUCACCUGGAUGAAAUCCGUCUGGCUCCCGCUCGUUCCCGAACUCACCUCCUCCAACGCCAAAGACAUCAUGGACGGCAAAAUCGUCGUCCUCGGCAUCCUCAGCCGCGACCGCUCCGACGAAUUCAUCCUAUCCAAGCGCGAAAUGAAGAGCGCGGCAAUCGAGUGGAUCGACAAGCAAGACGCCCUCUUCCAGCUCGAGCGCCAGGAAUUGCGCGACGCGAAACAGCUCCGCAUCGAAGAAGCCGAAGACAAGGAAGACGAGCGCGCGCUGAGGAAUGCGAAGGGGAUUCGCAUCAACAUGGACGAAAUUGAGCGGCCGCGUGUUGGCUUCGCGUGGGUGGAUGGCGUGUUCUGGGAGCGCUGGGUUAAGACAACUUUCGGCAUCGACGUCAAAGAAGGCGAGAGAGUCGUUAUCAACGACGAAGAUAACCGCCGCUACUGGGACACCACCAUCUCCGGCGAACCCAUCCGGCCCAGCCGCACCAGCAUCCUCGAAACCAUCAACAAAGUAACCCAAAACCCGCCCAAAAUCGCCGCCAAAUCCACAACUGGCCGCAUUUCGGGCUUCUUCCUCAGCUUGAACAGUUUUGCCUGGCACCAUCCCAUCCUUGCCGUAUUCGGUACGAUUGGUCUGAUACUCGCAGCAUUACUUGGAGGCAAGAAGAUGAGGAGGAGGAGAGGGAACGCGGCGUACUUCCAGCUUGGUGAGAAGGACGGGCUGUUAGGCGGUAUUGGCAGCGGCAACGGAGCGGCGAAGCACGACUAGAUGGAUGUGGUUUUGCUUUUGGCGUUGGAGGAAGGGCAACUGUACCAUACGCUUUACAUGAGAUGCGUGGAAGCAUUUUGCGCGGCGUACAGGUUGAGUUUUUGAUACCUCGGUGGUCAUAUAGGGGCCUGCAAAUGAAAGAAUCACGG